GCAAAGACAAUGAACACUGAUCCAAAAACUCCAUUGUUGAGUCCUCCAAGCUCCCUAACAAGGGAAAGUGGGGGAAGAACACAAAAGGGUGUCCUUAUUUUCAUUCUUUCCAUCGUUUUCCUCAUGUCAUUUUCUGCACUCGUCAUAAGCCUCCAUAGCCAUCAACCCUUCCUAAGUAAUAUUGAGAAGCCUCUCACGACCAGAGUUAACUCAAAGUCCAAACAGGUCUUUCAAACUUUUGAAUCAUCUCUGCUGAAGACAGCGUUGCCAUGGUCACUGCCAUUGCAUCCUCGAGGUGUUGCAGAAGGGGUUUCAGCAAAGUCGAAUCCAUAUCUGUUGCAGAAAGGUUCAUAUAACUGGACAAAUGCCAUGUUAUCGUGGCAAAGAACAGCUUUCCAUUUUCAACCGCAAAGAAACUGGAUGAACGAUCCUAACGGUCCAUUGUUUUACAAGGGGUGGUACCAUUUAUUUUACCAAUACAAUCCUGACUCAGCUGUGUUUGCAAACAUAACGUGGGGCCACGCUGUAUCCAGAGACUUGAUUCACUGGCUCUAUCUUCCCAUCGCGAUGAUUCGAGAUUCCUGGUACGAUAUCAACGGUGUAUGGUCAGGAUCAGCCACACUUUUGCCAGAUGGCAAAAUCGUGAUGCUCUACACCGGUAGCACCCAUCAGAACGUGCAAGUCCAAAAUCUUGCGUACCCCGCCAACCUAUCUGAUCCGCUUCUCAUUCAUUGGGUAAAAUACGCUGAUAACCCGCUCUUGGAGCCCCCACCGGGAAUUGGGCCAAAGGAUUUUCGUGACCCAACAACUGCGUGGAUUGGGCCAGAUGGCAAAUGGAGGAUCGCUAUUGGGUCAAAGAUCAACCAGACGGGUCUUUCGUUGGUUUAUAAAACCCAAGAUUUUAUCCACUACGAACUCAAUGAUCAGUACAUGCAUGAAGUCCCGGGUACGGGUAUGUGGGAGUGCGUGGACUUUUACCCGGUUUCAGUAAAUGGGUCUGAUGGGUUGGAUACUUCUGCAAAUGGGCCAGAUGUGAAACACGUGUUGAAGUCCAGUUUGGAUGACACUAGAGGGGAUCAUUAUGCGAUUGGGACCUACUUCAUUGAAAAUGAUACAUGGGUGCCCGAUAACCCGGAUGAGGAUGUGGGUAUCGGGUUGAAAUUGGACUAUGGAAGAUUCUAUGCGUCAAAGACAUUUUAUGACCAAUACAAAAAGAGAAGGGUCCUGUGGGGUUGGAUCAACGAAUCAGACAGCGAAACCGCUGACUUGAAAAAGGGUUGGGCAUCUCUUCAGAGUGUUCCAAGAACAGUGGUGUUUGACACGAAAACUAGAGCCCAUUUGCUUCAGUGGCCGGUGGAAGAAAUAGAGAGCUUAAGGCUUAGCAGUUAUGAAUUUGAAGAAGUUGUGGUUAAGCCUGGCUCAGUUGUGCCACUGGACAUAGGCCCUGCCACACAGUUGGACAUAUUUGCUGAAUUUGAAAUCGAAUAUUUAGUUUCGAAAGAGGCCGAGAAGAAGGAAAAUGUAGGGUGUGGAAAUGGAGCUUUUGACAGAAGUAGUCUGGGACCAUUUGGCAUUCUGGCUAUUGCAGAUGACCAACUUUCUGAGCUGACACCAAUUUAUUUCCAUCUUUCUAGUACUACCACCAGUUUAACAUCUUCCUUCUGUGUUGAUGAAACCAGGUCUUCAAUGGCUCCUGAUGUUUCAAAACUUAUUUUUGGAAGCCCAGUUCCAGUGGUCAGUGAUGAAAGAUUAUCAAUGAGGGUAUUGGUGGACCAUUCAGUCAUUGAGAGCUUUGCUCAGGGAGGGAGAACUGUGAUUUCAUCCAGAGUUUAUCCAACAAAAGCAAUUUACGAAGCUGCAAGAUUGUUUUUGUUCAACAAUGCAACAGACAUAAACAUCAAGGCCUCACUCAAGAUUUGGCAACUGAACUCAGCUUUUAUACGUCCCUUUCCCUUUGACAAUAAGUUGUGAUUGUGAAAAUUAUGUUUUGGAGUAGGGUAUGCUAUAGCCCCUCCUUGAGAAAAAAAUAACAAUGAAAAUCUUGUGGCAUCUACCAUAUAUAAAACUGAUAAGUUUUAGGUUGAGUUCCUAAUAUGAGUGCCUAGCAGCCAUAAUACUUGGGAUUAGCCAAUUGAUUCAGAAAACAAUUUAAUUUUAAUUUAUAAAAAAACUUAUUUUAUAUAUUGUUUUCUUUUAAACUUACUUUUGAAGAAGAAAAAUGUUGACAUAGUCCAGCGCGCAUCAUUAUUGAAAUCUCUAGAUUCCUAUUUAUCCAUUUUGUCCUAUUAUGAUAUCUCUUGUCAGCAUAUAAUUAUGAGCAAUGGGCAAUGGCCAUGAGCAAGAAUUUAGAAAAAAAAAGGUUCAGUUUCAUUAGCACUCAGCUUUCUUGAGAAGUAUUCCUUUGAUCAAUUUUAAUUUAAGCCAUCGAUCCCAAAUUAUAAAUUAACUCGAAUGAUUGGACCCAAUGCAAGAAAGUUCGGAUUUUGACUACAAAUUGAUAUUCAUAUGAUAUGAUUCCUCGUUCUGUAGUACAGUGCAGAAUGCACCAUAACAGACAUGAUCAUGAGAACAUAUAUCAGCCUAUCAGGGGAUUUGUUUCUGGAUUUGAUAUGAUUUAAUAAUACUUUAGCUCAACACCAUUUUAUGAUUAACUUUCUUCCACUUUACUCGAUUCCCGGUUUUAUUCCAACCCCCAUUUCUUCAAUGUUUGCAGCUUUGGAAUCAGGAGUUCAGUUUCUAACUCUUGUAGUAUAACAAAUCUCAAACAUUUUCUGUUCUUACCAAGCUUGGUGAAACUUGAGAGGGGAGAAUAUGAGAAAUCUCAGUACCCCACUUGUUAUCUCAGACCAAUUGGAUGUUGAAUGUUGUGGUGAGAGUGAGAAAUAAGAGUUUUGGAUGAUGGCAAAUGAAAAAAGUUGUAACUUUUCAGGUCAGAGUUAGCACAGAAUAGGACCCACAAGGAAAGACAUUAGUGUUGAUUUAAUGCAUUGUUGAAACAAGGAAAAAGCAGUUUGUAAUGGCAUGGUGCAGAACAGAGUAGCAUUUAUAACAUAAUGUGCAGGAUAUGUAUAAUCUAUAUAGAGAGAGUUCUGCGCACAGGAAAUGAGGAAUAAAGCUUGUGCGUAAAUAUUUUAGUAAAAUGAACCAUAUUCUAUGGGCACAAGCAGCUUUAGUAUCACAUGCUUUGAUUUGAUUUAUGAUGAAAUUAAUUGGAAUCCAUACACUUCUAAGUGAUGGAUAUUAGAGACUAAACAAAAAGUUAGUGUGGUGUAAAGGUGGCGGUGACAUUUGCUUAGAAUAAAUUACUUGUCAUUAACAUAUUAUUAUAAAAGUGUAAGGAGUGGUGAUUCCAUAGGUACGUGGAGGGCGAAAUGUUAUAAUAUGUGGUGGUUUGAUAUAUAAGAUGUUGAAUCCCAGAAAUUGAAGCAAAAUUAGGAGAGAAACUCUGAGACAGGGUACUACGUACCUGCUGCAGCAACCUCGAAGCUAGUUCAAACUAGUGGGAGGUUGUGUGCAUAGAAGCGCACAAAACACAACCAAAUUCUACUGACAGAAA